GCCGCAGUCCCUCGAUGGCAUUGCCGAGCGGGCGGCAAACUUUGUCAGGAGGUGCGUCCGCUCGGCGGGUGGCAGUCUUGAUCUUUAUAUAUGUAAGCAUCCAUCGGUUAUGGGACUGCCCGUCCACCCCCUAAUCCAGCUCCGUAUCAAGGUCUCCAUUCAUACGCUUUCGACUGCGUUACCCAUCAUCUGUUCCAUCCCAAUGGAACCGACUCUCUGCAGAGCGGCAAGGAUGAGGAGAUUAUGCGGGAGGUGACUUUUGACAACAGUUUGCAAAACCGGCUUUUCAAGUACUACUGGCCGACAGCACACAAGAUAUUCGGCAAGAUCCUCUACCUUUUUGCCAAGCCCCGGGAGACACCCCUGGCCGACGACUUCGUGCUCGACACAAGCGCGCGGACCGACGCCGCGCCCUUCACCCUGCUCGACCGCCUCCAGGGACCCAGCUUCCACCUCGACCACCUCGACAUCGCCGCCGAAUGCCUCGACCACAUGGCCGCCGGCAUCGACACCACCGGCGACGCCCUCUGCUUCCUGAUGUGGGAGCUCUCGCAGCCACGGUCGAUGCCCUACCAGAGGAAACUGCAGGCCGAGCUCCUCGCCAACCCGGGCGCCGGCUUCGACAAGCUGCCCUACCUCGACGCCGUGGUCACCGAGGGCCUGCGGUGCUUCCCCGCCAUCCCCAUGUCCCUCCCGCGCUACGUGCCUGCGGGCGGCCGCACCGUCGACGGCUUCUUCCUGCCGCAGGGGACCACGGUCAGCUGCCAGGCCUAUUCGGUGCACAGGAUUGACGAGGCCGUGUUUCCCGACCCGGACAGGUUCGAUCCCGAGCGGUGGCUGGAGCCCAAGGGCGACGCCGAGAGGAAGCGGCUCUUCUUUGCCUUUGCGAACGGCGGUCGGGGGUGUAUUGGCAAGCACCUCGCGCUCGCCGAGAUGAAGAUGCUGCUCCAGGCCGUGUACUCGAGGUUCACCACGCUGCCGGACGCUACCAUGACACCCGGGGACAUGGAAAUGUCGGACCAGCUGAUCUCGUCGCGGCCCGCGGGACAGAGAUGCCUGCUCCGGUUUGUGCCCUUGGACCUUGCAAAGGAAUGCGAGUAAGGGCCGUCCAGCUUGAUCCCGCCGAAUGACGUGAAAUCAGAAAGGUGUCAACAGGCCGCGCGAGGGGCAAGUGAUAUUGCCACAGUUAGCCAGGAAGAUAU